GUCCCCGUUGGCCAGAGCCCAUGUCACCACCCCAUUCUUUUCUAUAAAUUGCCACGCUCUCUCCUCCUCACCCACACCAGAAACACCACAGCUCCACAGAGAAACGUUGUCGUUUCGACGCACUGCUCGAUCUCGUCUUCAGCCCCACAUUCCCACAGGCGCUUGAAGAUGUUCCACCCCUACAUUCUCGGAGCUUUCUUUGCUUCUGUGUUGGGGUUUCUCCUUUACGCUUUACGUGAUAAAGAGAGGAAAGACAACCGCCACCGCCACCAUCGUGCAGAUGGGCUUGUUACGAGUAGCUCCGAAAUCGGGCAAUGUCGCCAGGAUGACGGCUUCGGCACCGAUAUAAUCAUUGUCGGCGCCGGAGUUGCCGGUUCGGCCCUCGCCCACACUCUCGGCAAGGAUGGAAGGCGAGUUCACAUAAUUGAAAGAGACUUGACGGAGCCUGACAGAAUUGUUGGUGAAUUGCUGCAGCCAGGGGGGUACCUGAAACUAAUUGAAUUGGGCCUUGAGGAUUGUGUGGAGGAAAUUGAUGCUCAGCGGGUACUUGGAUAUGCUCUUUUCAAGGAUGGGAAAAAUACAAGACUCUCUUACCCAUUGGAAAAGUUUCAUUCAGAUGUGGCGGGAAGGAGCUUCCACAAUGGUCGUUUCAUACAGAGGAUGAGAGAAAAAGCUGCUUCUCUUUCCAAUGUACGUAUGGAGCAAGGAACAGUAACAUCACUCCUUGAAGAAAAUGGGACUAUUAAGGGGGUUCAAUACAAAACGAAGGCUGGUCAAGAACUUAAAGCAUAUGCACCACUUACAAUUGUGUGUGAUGGUUGCUUCUCAAAUUUGCGUCGCUCUCUUUGUAACCCUAAGGUAGAUGUGCCCUCCUGUUUUGUUGGUUUGGUCCUGGAGAACUGUCAGCUUCCCUUUGCAAAUCACGGACAUGUUAUUUUAGCAGAUCCUUCACCCAUCUUGUUUUAUCCAAUUAGUAGUACUGAGGUCCGUUGCUUGGUUGAUGUUCCUGGACAAAAGUUACCUUCUAUUGCCAAUGGUGAAAUGGCCAACCAUUUGAAAACCAGGGUGGCUCCCCAGCUUCCACCUCAACUUUAUGAUGCCUUUAUCUCAGCAAUUGAUCAAGGAAAGAUAAGGACCAUGCCCAAUAGAAGCAUGCCAGCUGAUCCUUAUCCUACACCUGGAGCCUUAUUAAUGGGUGAUGCCUUCAAUAUGCGCCAUCCUUUAACUGGCGGAGGAAUGACCGUGGCACUAUCUGAUAUUGUUGUACUACGAGAUCUUCUUAAGCCGCUGUCCAACCUGAAUGAUGCGGUUUCAUUGAGCAAAUAUCUUGAAUCCUUCUACACCUUGAGGAAGCCGGUGGCAUCUACCAUUAAUACUCUGGCAGGUGCCCUUUAUAAGGUGUUUUGUGCUUCCCCUGAUCAAGCAAGGAAGGAAAUGCGAGAGGCUUGUUUUGACUACUUGAGUCUCGGAGGUGUUUGUUCAGCAGGUCCAGUGGCUUUACUCUCUGGUCUGAAUCCUCGCCCUUUGAGCCUAGUUGUCCACUUUUUCGCUGUGGCUAUAUAUGGUGUUGGUCGCCUGUUGCUACCAUUUCCUUCACUCAAACGCUUGUGGAUUGGAGCCAGAUUGAUUUCGGCUGCAUCGAGUAUAAUCUUCCCCAUCAUAAAGGCAGAAGGAGUGAGGCAAAUGUUCUUCCCCGUAACCAUGCCAGCAUACUACAGAGCUCCUCCUGCUAAAUGAGAUAAAAACCAAAUGGCAUGCUCAAAGUCGAAGUAGCUUUAGUUUGUUGUUUGGUCUUCAUGUUGUCUCGACAAAGUAGCUUGUAUCUAUGACUAUGCUCCCAUGUAGACUUGGGAUGCCAAAUGUUUCCUUCAAUGACCGUUGUGCAAGAGAUGACUGUAAACGGGUUAUUCAAAUGUAUAAAUGAGCAACCACUUAGAAUCCAGGAGUAUGUGUUCUGCUGACUUUUCCAAAUAUAAUUCAAUGAAAUCCUCCCCAUUCUGCGUGUA